CCUGCCCAGUUAGCUGGAGCCCAGGGCCCCCUCAGGCACUGUAUUCCUGUGGGCUGCAGCUCUGUACCCAGGGGGUGGCAUGUCACAGAGGGAGGCCAAAGGGGCACCAGCAAUGCCAGCAGUGGGGCAUAGCCGGGCUAAGGCCAAAGCACGGCUGUUGCCAGGCACCGACAGGAAGAGGAGCCAUCUCGGCAGGACAAGGCAGGACCUGUGGGGAGAGACAAGCUGGAGCAACCAAAGAUGGAGCCGAGCUGCCCCCAGCCCACGGGGGGCCAGGGCUAGGGGCCUGGCUCUUGGCAGGAGCGAGUCCAGUCCUGAGAACGCCGCACGGGAGCGGAGCCGGGUGAGGACACUGCGCCAGGCCUUCCUGGCCCUGCAGGCCGCUCUGCCUGCCGUGCCGCCCGACACCAAGCUCUCCAAGUUGGACGUGCUGGUGCUGGCUGCCAGCUACAUAGCCCACCUCACCCGCACGCUCGGCCACGAAUUGCCGGGCCCUGCCUGGCCACCCUUCCUGCGUGGACUCCGCUAUUUGCACCCUCUCAAGAAGUGGCCGAUGCGAUCUCGUCUUUAUGCUGGAGGCCUGGUGGGGUCUGGCCUUGACUCCACCACAGCCACCGCCUCCGGCCAAAGAACAAGAGAUGCAGAGGUGGGGUCCCAAGUCUCUGGAGAGGCAGAUGCUCUCCUUCCCACCAAGCCACUCUCACCAGCUCUUGGUGACAAAUAAUCAUCACACUCACCCUUUUCUCCUAGACUGUAGCUCACGCUUAGGGACCUGGACUUCCCCCAGCCCUCCCUGUCUCCGGUCUGACUCUCAGCCACCAGGUUUGGCUCAGGCUCAGCUCCCAUGGUCCAGCACGCAGAUCAACCGAAGCAGUGGCCACUUCUGUUGUGGAGAGACCAGAGGAGCACAGGAUGGAGGUCCUCCUCCUCGGCCCCCGGACGGGACUCCACAGUGGUUUUUCUAUGGCAGCUGCCCCAAAGUGGGAGUGGAAGGGGUUAAUCAGGUUCGAAGUUGAGUUAGGGCACCAUCCCCAGCUUCUCUCCCCUAAGGCCUCUAGGAAGCCUUGCAGGUAGCAAGAAGACAGGUGCAGAGGGAGGGGCCUGGACAGCAGCCCCAGGUGCUGAUGGGAAAGCCAGGGGCCUGAGAGGCUCUUGGUGUCUCGAAGUGUGAACAGAUCUGAGCUGGGGUCACAUAGCCAGGGGGGAAACUGAAGAAGGGAAUGUGGCUUUGUUUUGUUUUUUUACUGCGUCACGAGAUACUCACCCAAUGUCAAAGAGGCAGGGAGGGAUUCAGGAUUCUUGGCUCCGAACUGCGGGUCUCUCCAGCUGCCCCCAUCCCCACAUUCUCUCUCUCCCUCAGCCUGGCACCUUCCACUCCUUCCUUCACGUGAGUUAUGG